CCCGGCCGGACGUCCCCAGCCACACGGGGGGCGGCCCUCGCCGCCGCGGGGAGCCGGAGGGGCCCGGAGAUCGGCGAGUCACGACGGGGAGCGGGAACGCGGCGACGCGGGGAGGGGAGACGUUGCGGAGGAGCCGCUCACAGUCAGCGACCUGCGGGUCGAUGAGGAAGCCGGCGUGUCCCCGUCCUCGCGCCCGUCGCCCCCUCGGUCGGUGCCCGGGGUCAGAGGUCGGCCGCGAGCCGACGACGGAGAGGAGGAGGCCGAAGUGCAGCACGGGACCUCCCCGAAGAGGAAGGCCGAGGAGGCGAGGGCCACGGGGAAGGUGGGCAGCGGGAGCGUCGUCCGCCCCGGCAAGAGGGGCCGUCCCGGCGUCUCGGCGUCAUCGCGCUCCAGGAGCAGAGACGCCCGCGUGCCGGGACCCCGGGGUUCGGCGCCGGCGGUGCCGGCGGCGCCGGCGGCAACCGGCGGCACCGGCGCCCGCAGCGACGCGGACGUCGCUGCGACCGACGUCACGGCAGCAACAGCAGCGCCAGCAGCAGCAGCGCCAGCAGCAGCAGCAGCAGAGCGCGGCGCCGGCACAGCGGGAGAAGCGGCGGCACUACAACGCGGAGGAGGUGCGGUGCUACAUGGCGCGGCGUGUCGCCGAGCAGCGGCGGGCGGCGGCGGCGCGACCGGGCCGCCCGGCGCGCCGCCUCCGAGCUGAGGAGCCGGCGCCAUGCGGGAGCUCUACGUGGCCCAGCGCCAGGCGGCGGCCGCUGCCGCCACCGCCGCCACCGCCGCCGCCAGUAGCGGCGGCGGUGGCACCAACAAGAAGAGCGACGCCAGCAGCGGUCGGAGGGCACCUGGUGGCAAGGACAAAGUGGACCUGGCGAGCACCUUCACGGCGGCGCCCCUCGACCAAGCGGCACGCGACGACUUCCUGAGGCGGCUGCUGCCCGAGAUCUCGGAGGAGAGGCCGAGAAGGAAGCAGCAGGAAGGGGGCUCGCGUCCUCCCGUGACCUCCAGCAGCCGGGAGGACGACGACGACGACGACGAGGACGACGACGACGAGGACGACGAGGAGGAGGAGGAGGAUGAUGAUGAGGAGGAGGAUGAGGAACAGGGGGAGGGAGACUCUGCUGGCGACGCCACGAGCCCGCUGGCCGGGUCCGGCGGAGACCGGCUGGCGCUGGUGGGGACGCCGGGGAAGGAGUCUGGAGCCCCGGGCGCCGGCACGGCGACGGCGGCGGCGGCGUCGUCGUCCCCGGCGAUCAUCGGCGGGCAGCUGGCGCGGAUCGCCGCCAUUCGCGCCGCCGCCGCGGCGCUGUCGCUGCGUGUGGAGGAGGAGACGCGCCGUCUCGCCGGCGUCGGCCUCCUGUCGCCCGCCGCCACGGCCGCCCUCGCCCGCUCCGUCCCCGCCGAGCCGGAGGGCCCCGGUCGCGGCCUGGGCCUGGAGGACCUGCGCACGGACUUUACUGACGGCGCCCGGCGGGGGCCCGCCGCGCCCGGCGACCGUUUCGGCGCCCGCGUGCGGGAGAUGCUGGGCGAGGACCGCCGAGAGGGCGCGGCGGCGCCGGCGUUCGGCACGGGCGGCCUCCCGCCGGACGGCUACGCGGUGUUCGUGGGGGACCUGCCGGGGUCCGCGGUUGGCCCCGCCGGAACCUCGGCCGCCGCGCCGGCGCUCCCGGCGAGUUACGAGGAACGCGAGGCGGCCAUCGCGCGCCGCCUCGCCGGCCGCUCGCCGGGGCCUGCCCCGCUGCGGCACGCGGUCUCCCGGUCCGCCGCAUCGCAGCGGCCCGACCCGUCGCGCCCCGCCGGAUUGUCGGCCCGCGCGCCGCGCGGCGACGACGGCGACGACGGCGACGACGGCGACGACGGCGACGACGGCGGCGGCGGCGGGGAGCGGUCGUCGAUUCCGAGCGACAGCCCGGGCUCGCUGAGCGAGGGGCCCCUGCUGAGCGAGGGGGAGCCGUCUGACGACGAGCGGCCGGAGCGGCCGACGGCCCGGCACAGGUCGCCAGAGCGGCCGACGGCCCGGCACAGGUCGCCAGAGCGGCCGACGGCCCGGCACAGGUCGCCGGAGCAGCCGACGGCCCGGCACAGGUCGCCGUCCCCUCCGGACCGGCGGGGGCGGCUCGACGGAUCCGGGGCCGCCCCGCGGCCGCCCUGGCAGCCCCCGUCGCCGGCGUCGCGGCUCGCCAAGGUCGACUUCUGCGCGACGUCCCGGGCUGAGGCGGCGGCGCCGGCCUGGGAGGAGCUGGCGAGGGGCAGUCCCAACAGCGCCAUCGCCAUCUACGUGCGGCGGCACGGAGUGCCCGCAGGCCUGGGCCCGUCGGCCAGCGCGGCACCAGUCGUAGAGACCGGACGCGGCGGUGGCCGCGACGACGUGGAGGAGGACGAGGAGGAGCAGGAGGAGCAGGAGGAGGAGCAGGAGGAGGAGCAGGAGGAGGAGCAGGAGGAGGAGCAGGAGGAGAGCCGCGGAGCGGAGUCGCCCGGGCAGCGCUCCGUGGACACGUACGACGACGACAGCUUCGCCUCGUCCUCCAGCACGGCGUGCACAAGCUUCGGGGCGGCACCGGCGGUGUCGGCGCCGCCGUCGGCCCCUCGGUCUCCGGACGGUGCCGAUCGGCGAGGAAUCGCCGGCGGCGCAAGGGAGCGGACGGUGCCCCCCGCGGAGGGCCCCCCGCCGCCGCCGCCGCCGGCGAACUCCGCCGGCGAGAAGGACGACGACGCCGGCGGCGGCGGCCUGGCGUCGCCCCCCGAGCCUGCGCUCCCCUCAUCAGCCCGGGGCCCGGGAGGGCGGGACUCUCCUCGCGCGUGGACGGACGGGGUCGGAGGUCGCCGACGGAAGACCUCCACGAUUUCGCCCGACCUGGAGGAGGAAGAGGCGGAGGAGGUUGCGAGCGGGACGCGGGACGCGCGUCCGGCCCCCUCCGACCCCUCCGCCCCCUCACCACCGCGCGAGGAAAGGGGGCGGCUCGGGUGGGAGGGCGGCGGCGGCGGCGGCGGCGGCGGCGGCGGCGGUGGGCAGGAGGAGGAGGAGCCGUGGGGCCCGGCGCGGAGCUCCCCCUGGGGGCUGUCGCAGCGGCUGGCGGCCGAGCUGCAGCUGCUGCAGGCGGUGGAGGAGUCGGCGCAGCAGUUGGGGGCGGUGGAGCGCGCCCGCGGGGUGGCGCUGGCGCAGCAGGAGACCGUGUCGCUGGCGCAGGUCCUCAAGGUACGGCAGCAGCAGCACGAGCAGGAGUUGGCGCUGCUGAGGCUGCGUGCCGAGCGCGAGGCGAUGGAGGCGCAGAGACAGCUGGAGGAGACGCGGGCCCAGCACGUGCUGCAGGUGGCGGAGUUGGCGAGGUCCUUUCCCCCGAGGGCCGCGACGCCAACAGCGACGCGUGGCUCCCCGGACGGCCUCAGGAGGGGGCGGCAGCGUGGGGCCGCCGACGCUUCGAGCUCCGCCGACGCGGCCGCCCCCCGCGGCCGCUCCCCCGGCUCCGACCGAUCGCGAUCCCGGCGCGCCGACCGAUCGGGGAGCUCGGUGGAGGAGGACGCGACCGCGGCGGCGGCGGACGAGGAGGAGGAGGAGGAGGAGGAGGGGGCGGAGCAGCGCGAGCGUGGCCGAGGAUCUCCCCGGCGGCAGGAGGCCGGAGAAGUCGCCGACGGCUUCUUCCAGGGCGCGCUCGGAGAGCAGCGCCGCCUCCGGCCUGCCCAGCGAGUCGUGGACUGACGACGAGGUGGAGGAGGAGGAGGUGGCCGAGGAGGAGGCCCAGCAAGGGCGGCACGGCCCGAGGGGCACGGCCCGCACGGCGGGGAGCGAGCACGG